AUGUCGACUAUUUCGCAGCCAAUUCACACCUCCAGUACUGUCACCCAGAAGCCAUCCGUACAGACCAGCUUGGUCGAUGUGACUGAACUUGUCUCCACUACCAAGGACUUGCCCUGCCGUAUUCUCUUGAAGAAUGAGCUGGAGCAGCCUUCUGGAAGUUUUAAGCUCAGAGGUAUUGGUCACUUAAUUCACUCGUCUAUUAUUAAAGCAAGACUGGAGGGGAAGACCGAGAUCGAAGUUUUCGCUUCUAGCGGUGGUAACGCUGGCCUUGCUGCUGCAUAUUCCGCCCAGUUCUACAAUGUUCCAUGUACUGUGGUUGUUCCUACAUUUGCCAUGCCACAGAUUGUCGAAAAGCUCAAACUGUUCGGAGCCAAGGUAGUACUUAAGGGUAAGACCAUCAGUGAAGCAGACAAGAAUGCAAGAAAGUUGAUGACUCUUUGCGAUUCUAGUAUCCACACAAUUUACUGCCAUCCAUUCGAUCACCCAUUGAUUUGGGAAGGUCACUCGCAGAUGAUUGACGAGAUCUUUGACUCCCAAUUGACUGUCGAGGAAGCAAAGAAGCUUAGAGGAGUGAUUUGCUCCGUUGGAGGUGGUGGCCUCUAUAAUGGAAUCAUGAAGGGCUUGAAAGAUAACGGUAGCGGAGCUUCAUGUUUAUUGCUUGAAACCAAGCAGGCUCCAACUUUGUCUGAGUCAAUUCGAGCUGGAUCUGUCAUUACUCUCAAUUCCGUCAAUUCGGUGGCUACUUCGCUUGCAUGUUCAUAUGUGUCUCCAGAAACUCUUGAGAUGUACAAUGACCAGUCCACAAAUAAGUCUUUCCUUCGAGUGAUUGACGAUCUAGAUGCUGUCAGAGGCUCCAUCGCAUUCCACAAAGACUUUAACAAGGUAAUCGAGCCAGCUUGUGGCGCUGCCGUCUCUGUCGUAUACAACCAGAUUGACUUCUUGAAAAAGUCUAUCCCUGACUUAGCUGAGGAUGACAUUGUUGUUGUGGUUGUAUGUGGUGGUUCUUGCACUAAUGACGAGACUUUGAACAACUACAACAAAAUGCUCAGAAAGAGCAGAUUGUAA